AUGACCAUAAUACCCCUACUCUCCCUUCUCCUUCUCCUCUUCCUCCUACCAUUUUAUGUAAUUUCACAACCCAUCACCACCCAAAAUGACCAAACCACCCUUCUCAACCUUAAACACUUCUGGUCCAAUCCACCCUCCCUCAGCCACUGGAACCAGUCCUCUGACCCCUGCGGCUGGCCGGAGAUCAUAUGUGACGCCACUACCAUCACCGGAAUCGACUUACCAGAUAAAAACAUUGAAGGAACGGUUCCUCCGUUCAUCUGUGACCUCAAAAACUUAACAUAUCUUGAUCUGAAUUACAACUAUUUCACUGGAGACUUUCCGACGGCUCUCUACAACUGCAAAAAUCUGCAGUACCUUAAUCUCUCACUAAACUUCUUCGUGGGACGGAUCCCGGAUGACAUAUCGCGGUUAUCCCAAGAGCUCCGGUACCUCGACCUGUAUAACAAUAACUUCACUGGUGAUAUUCCGGUCAGCAUUUCAAGAUUAUCAAAGCUUUCAUCACUUCAACUACACAUGAAUCUUUUCAACGGUAGUUUUCCGGAGGAAAUCGGUUAUUUAAACGAUCUUGAAGAAUUAAACUUGGCUUAUAAUGGCUUUAAGCCAUCAAGACUCCCCCCUGCUUUUACUCGGUUGAAAAAGCUUAGAAAGUUGUACAUGGCGGAAGCGAACUUGAUCGGUGAGAUACCCGGAAACUUAUCCAGCAUGGUUGCGCUCGAGCUGCUGGAUUUGUCGAUCAAUCAGAUCAAUGGAUCAAUACCAAGUGAUCUGUUCAUGUUAAAGAAUCUAACAGAAGUGUAUCUUUAUAAGACUAAUCUAACAGGGGAGAUUCCAGAUUCAAUCGAAGCAGUGAACAUGACGAGGAUUGAUCUCUCAGAAAAUAAGUUGACGGGUAAAAUCCCCGAUGGGUUUGAGAAGCAGACGAGUUUAACAAACUUGGCUGUCUUCGACAACAAAUUUUCAGGCGCAAUCCCUGAUGGGUUGUGGAAGGUUUCGACGUUAGCAAUUAUGAUUAUGAGCGGUAAUUCAUUUUCUGGUGAGCUACCGCACGAGAUGGGGCCAAAACUAUGGAUACUUGAUAUCAGUAACAACAAUUUUUCCGGUGAGUUACCACACGAGUUGGGGCUAAAACUAUGGAUGCUUGAUAUCAGUAACAACAAAUUUUCCGGUCAGAUUCCAACCGCCAUAUCAUCUUGGACAAGUCUGAGGGUUUUCAAAGCAAGUUAUAAUCUCCUCGAUGGUGCAAUUCCAGAAGAUUUAACAGCACUACAAAAUUUACAAACGUUGUUGCUAGAUGGGAAGAACCAACUCACCGGAAGGAUUCCGGCUGGUCUAUUCUUAUAUGAUCUCAUGGUAUUGGACUUGUCAAGAAACAAACUUUCCGGUGAAAUACCAAGUCAACUUGGCAAACAGUUCGUUUUUCUUGAUCUUUCAGCCAACCCUGGUCUUUGUUCAGAUAAGCCAUCACUAGGGUUUAAUUCUUGCAGAUCUAGCAAGAAUUUAGCUAAGUAUGUGGCGAUGAUUGCAAGUAUAGAAGUGAUAUUGUUGAUCCUGUCGGUACUAAUGACCAGAUAUGUCAUUGUUUAUUACCGGAGAAAAAAGCAUGGUUUAGAUACAAAAUGGAACUUCACUGCUUUCCAGAAUUUGAACUUCACAGAAUCCACAGUCUUGCCUCAUUUGACAGAAAACAACGUGAUUGGGUACGGUGGUUCCGGGAUGGUAUACCGGGUUCCUGUAAACAGAUCAGGGGACUUUGUGGCGGUAAAGAAGAUAUCAAGCAAAAAGGACUUAGAUCAAAGGCUUGAGAAAGAGUUCUUAGCAGAAGUCGAGAUACUAAGCAUGGUUCGCCACUCAAACAUAGUUAAAUUGAUGGGUUGCAUUUCAUGUGACAUCUCAAAGCUCCUUGUGUAUGAGUAUAUGGAAAAUCGAAGUUUGGACCGUUGGCUGCACCGAAAGCAGGCUCCAUCGAGCCGUGGGCUCAAUGGUUCUGUGCGCCAUGUGGUGCUUGAUUGGCCUACAAGGUUGCGGAUAUCAUUGGGGGCAGCUAGAGGUUUGUGUUAUAUGCACCACGAUUGUGUACCGGGAGUAGUUCACAGGGAUGUGAAAUCUAGCAAUGUGCUCUUAGAUAGUGAAUUCAAUGCCAAGAUAGCCGAUUUUGGGUUGGCCAGGAUCUUAGCCAAAGAAAAUGAGCUCAACUCAAUGUCAACCGUAGCUGGUUCAUUCGGAUACAUGGCUCCUGAAUAUGCCCACAAAACCAGAGUGAACGAGAAAGUAGAUAUUUACAGCUUUGGAGUGAUCUUGUUAGAAUUAGCAACGGGGAAAGAGGCCACCAAUGGGGAUGGGAAUUCAUCACUUGCGCAAUGGGCUUGGCAACAAACUGUAGGUGGCGCACCGAUAGAAGAUGCAUUAGACAAUGAGGUUAAGGAGCCCAUGUACUUGAAUGAGAUGACUAGUGUAUUUGAACUCGGGCUAUGGUGUACGAGUCAAUUGCCAACCAAUAGACCCUCCAUGAAGGAGGUAUGCCGGAUGCUGCUUGUUGUAGCACAGCCUCAGGCACGAUGGUGAUGUAGUUGACCAUUUUCCGCUGCUUAAGCAUGUGAUAUACCCACACCUUGUGCUUUCUAAUCCAACAAUGUGUGCAAAAAGUCGUAUAAAGGGAAGUAACUCGGUGUCAUAUUCGGAAAUCUAUGAUGAUAACAAAUUAAAUUGUAAU